AUGGCAACAAUCCUUCCUUCUCAAAUUAAGAAUAAAAUAAAACGCGAUGAAGUGUAUAAUAAACAGCAUCAGGAGAAAAACCGCCGAAAACUGGCCUUAAAACUUCAAAGACGGAAGGAAGAAGCUGAAGAUCCCGAAAAAAAGAAGGAGCGUCUUGCACAAAAUGUUCCUAAAACACUUGAAAACACAAGAGAAUACGACGAAACAAUAGUCUCUGGAGAGGAUCAAGAAGUUAUAGAGGAUGAAGCGAGCGACGAGUUCUCUCAAUACUUUAGAGAGGGGAUUGUACCUAAAUUACUGAUAACAACCAGUAAAAUAGCAUCAAAAAACGUAUACGAAUUUGCAGAGGAAUUAGUCGAUGUUUUUCCGAAUAGUCAAUUUGUCAGACGUGGAAAGCAGUUUACUAUUAAACAGAUAGUGGAGUUUUGUAAUAAUCGUGGAUUCACCGAUAUAAUGGUGGUGAACGAGGAUAAAAAAUGUCCCAGGGGUAUCACUCUAAUACAUCUACCAGAUGGACCUACCGCUUACUUCAAACUUACAAGUAUUAAAUUGAGUAAACAAAUUCGAGGUCACGGACGCUCGUCUUGUCAUAAACCUGAAUUGAUUCUUAACAAUUUUAGUACACGAUUGGGGCACACAGUUGGACGCUGGUUUCAAGCACUUUUUCCACAUGUGCCUGAGUUUCAAGGACGUCAAGUAGCAACUUUUCAUAAUCAACGUGAUUUUAUAUUCUUCAGACGACAUAGAUAUGUAUUCAAAAAUAAAGAGCGAGUUGACUUGCAAGAGCUUGGUCCUCGAUUCACCCUCAAACUCAAAUGGUUACAAAAAGGAGCAUUUGAAAAAAACGGCGAUUACGAAUGGAUGUUCAAGCCUGAGAUGGAGACGAGCCGACGGCGAUUCUUCUUGUAA